UGUACUGAAACUAAGAUAAUUUUACACAGAUGUUCGGCUGCCUCAUAUUUAGUAGUUUUACACUUUGCUCAAUGUAUGAAAUAGUUAUAUUUUAUGUGUUAUAGUUUUUCGAUAUAUAAACGUUGUUAAAGCUCACCAACAUAUUUGGUUUUAGGGAGAAUUUCCGAUGAGCUGCGGCUAGCUUCAGGUGAAAUGACCAUGACAAAUCUUGUUUAUGACAAAAUCCACUUCAGACAUGAUCUGAAAUGGAGUGUCAGCCUACGGCCCGCAGAGGACGGCGGAGUGCUGUUCUGUGUGGCCUGUGUUAUUGAAAUGAUGGAAACUGAAGAUAUUGCGUCUGUGAGAAAGUCUUUUGCCUUGUCUAAUAUUAUUGGGGUGAUGAAGAGUUCUCCGGGGACCUUGAGAGAGCUGCUCCGACAGGACCACAGAGUUGCUCUGCACUUUAUAGCUACACUAUUAGUGAUGCUGCAAACUAUGGAGGACCCAGUCACUCUGGAAAAAGUGGAUCAAGUUCUGGUCCAGCUGCUUUUAGAGCUCCAGAAUGAGCUGUCAUUUCACCUAGUUUUGGAUGAGAUACACAAACAGCUGAGCAACCAGCAAAGUAUGAAGCCCUGCCUGCCUACAUUUAACUUCUUGGGGAACCUUGUGAAAGCGGUCCCUAAUGUUGCCCGUAGCCUUGUGACGCAGUAUGUGCCUUUGCUAGACCAGCUGUGCUCAGCCCUGCUUUACCCAGAUGAAGCGCUGAAGACAUCAGUGGUGUAUGUGUGGCUCCAGCUGUUGGGUGCAGCUGGAGACACAGCAGCUCAGUCUCUGCCCAUUGCCAUCAGGGACAGAGUGUGCGUCCAGUUGCUGCAGACCUUUGCUAACGCCAGCUCAGCACUGCUCAUUAAAAACUGUGUUGGGCUGCUUUGGCACCUUGUACAGGUGGGCGAGGCAGUGUCAGUUCUGAUGAACAGCCCAGGCAGUCAGAUGAUGUGCGAUGAGAACCAGGACAUCCUUGCCAACAACAGCCAGGCCCUCAUCCAAAACCAAGAACAACAGCCCACUGACCAAUGCCUUCUGCCUCUCUUGCUGAAAAAGGUGCUGCUAAGUGGCGAUGAGAUGUUGCAGUUGACCAGCGCUAAGUGUAUUGCAGCCAUUUUGGUGCACACUCCCAGAGAGUACAGUACUUUCUUCAUCAAGGCAGAUACAGCAGGGUUUCUCUUUGAUCGUCUGGCGUGUAGUAGUAGUGAGAUGCUGCUGUGGUGUGUCUACAGUUGUCUGGUAUUACUAACUGAAGACACACUCUUCUUCUCCCAGUGUCACUCUGUCUAUGGUAUUGAAUACCUAGUGCGGAGUCUGAAGGAGGCUUUGCAGAUGACCAGUCUGGAAGUACCAAAACAAGGUUUCGUGCUCCUCACUGAAAUACUAGAAAGCAGACAGCCCCCAAGUGUACAUUUGUUCCCCAGUGGCUCAGGGUUUGUGGCGGUUUCAGAGGCUGUGGUAGCCGGAGUCUCGUCCCCCUGCCUGUUGGUUGCUGCACAAGCCGCCAGCGCCGGCGCCUCUUUGUUCAGACUCAAUCACCAGUCCAGACCGGUCCAGUUCAAGGAGCUAGAGGCAUUGAUAAAGGCCAUCACUGAAAGAUUCUCUGAACUACUUGUACCUUCUCCUGCUCAUUGGCGAAAAACUAGAAAUAUGAGGAGAUCCAAUCACAGCGGCCAGAUCUUCAGGUCCGAAAGGUUUCUGGUUCAGGCUCUGGUCUGUUUUCAGGCUGCCUGCAGGCUGGCUGAGCAGUGCGCGUCAGACCCUGUCCUGAUGGAGAACCCAUUUACAGCUCCAAAUAAAAAGAACAAAGAUGAGAACUCGCUGGAAUCUCUGUGUCAGUGUCUGCUGCACUGCUGUGACUCUGUCUGGAUGCCCACUGUCCUUAGGAUGUGUGAGCAGGCACCUAAUGCCCAGAUUCUGCAGUACGUCUACUCCAUCCUUUCUUCCCAGUUUGCCCUUCUUCCAUCUCUCAUGCCUGCAUUUGCAACUAAGCUAGCCUCCUCUGGUUUCUUCAGGCUGGCUCUGGAGCACAAAGGCCUGUUCUGUUCAGGAAACAGAAACCCAGAUCUGAAUGCAUCUUGCUGCAGUUUACUGCAGAAGCUCAGUAUGUGUCUGCUUUUCCAGUCAGACUCAACUUUUGGCUCCAGUCACGAUUUUGAGGAGGUGAAAAAUCUUCUGCAAUGCAACCUUCCCUCUCUGUGUUUUCAUCUGUCAGACUGGCCUUCUCUGCUGUGUGAAUAUCAAGAACCAAGGACCACUCAGUACUGUGUUGUGAUAGUGCUUUAUCUUGCUCUGCAGCAUGGAGACAGGCUUCUCCCAGACCAGACAGUCUUCUCCAGUGUGGUGUGGCUGUUGCAGUCGGUGCAGGAGCAGGGUAGCUGUGCUCUGCCUCGCUCUGUCCUCCGCUCUGCCCUCUACCUGCUGGCAGUGACACAGGACAAGAGCCCCAAUCUUGAUGGGGUUCCUUUGAACUACAUCAGCAAAGCACUCUCUUCCUGCCAAAGCUUCUCUUCCCUCUACUUUCACCAUCCUGCACUCCUCCACUUCAUCUGUCGCUAUCCGGAGCUUUCAGAAAAAUUUGGGGCCCUGCUCUUGGAAAUGUGGCUGACCAUGCAAGCACAGCACACAGAUGAAGAUCAAACUCUGGCAGACAUGCAGGAGAAGGCUGAAAAGACAGAUAGACAUGGAGACCAGAGGCAAGUUGAGGAGCAAGACACAGAAACAAUGGAGCUACUGACUCUGACAGAGAAAUACCCAAAUAUUAUUUUGACCCUCCUGGACAUGGUUAGUAGCAGAGAGGCUGCCCUUGCAGAGCGAGUUCUGGGUGUACUGGAGGUUGUUCUGAAUAGUCAGAGACGGUGUAUCACAGACCUUUGUGCAAAUCUCAGACCAGCCCUGCUCCAGGAGUUACAGCGGAUCGGUGUGGAGAACAUGGCUCAUGGUCUUGGACAUGGACUUGCUGCACCAGUCAACUCACUCCCUCUAUUGCUCAAGCUGCUUUGUGUGAUUCAGACCAGUGACCCACCUUCACCCCCACUCUAUUGUAAUAUGGAAGGAGUGCACUUCAAGCUGCUGUACCAUGUGAGUAGUAUUGUAGGGAUGCUGAAGCCAACCAACACAGAAAGCCUGCUGCCUGCCCUCAACUACCUGUACUGCUGCCUGAGUCUUUCCCCUGCACACAGCACUGACAGAGCUGUCUCUAUGCUGCUCUCCAACAGUAGGCUGAUGGACCAGCUGCAGGCAGUCAUCUCCUCCUCCUCAGCUCUGUCCCCCCCUUCUCCAUCAGCCUGUCCUCCUUCAUCCCUGCUAUGCUGCAGCCAUCUACUCCUGUCCUCCCUCAUUACCUUGCAGCGUGUUCACUCCACUCAGGUCCAUAAGAGCAUCAGUUGGAGUUUGGACACAGCUGUGCAGCGGAUUCUUCUUCAAAAAAGAAACACAAAUAACCUUUUGCUUGUCAGCUACCUCAGGUUGCUGGAGGUUCUGCUUGAUGUUGAUCUGGCAUCAGCAGUCGUGUGUGUGAGCACUAGUCCUGGAUUGGUCGGGCCCAGACCCCUGGGUGUCGAAGAUGGAGCAUUGUACCCGCUUGGCACCAGAGGAGCGCUGUUCCUCUUAACCACUCUCAGUGGACUUCUUUUGCAGAAACACGAGUUUCUUGUGAGAGCCUCAGUCAACUGUCUCAGCUCCCUGCUGGGCUUCCUCAAGAGAAGGACUCCUGCUACAGCCAAGUAUGUGGUUUGUCAACCGUGGCUUCGAUUCCUCCUCUACUGCCUGCUCAGCUCAGGAGAGAGCUGCCCUCUGCACCCUGCCAUUCUCAGACUCAUCACAGUUCUGUUGCAGUACAACAGCACAGUUGUGCUGUGGGAGCCAGAUCUUCUGCAUGUGGUUGAAACUGUGGAAAAGAGAGGGGUGAAGGAGCUCAGCCAGGAGGCAGCACAGGCCUUAAGGCUGCUUCUGAUACAGAUCCAGAGCAGCGUUUCAUUACCAUCAAAGGAGCACAAACUGAGAGUGAGGAAAAUGAUGGAGGCACUCGAACCACAGACAUCAGUGGAAAGCUGCAACCCCAGUCUGUCCAGUAACAUCUUAUGUGUUGGAGAUGUGUCCAUCUGUCUGUCUGACUUCACUCUGAAAACAAGAUGAUGCAGAUAUUUUAGAAGUGAUUGACCCAUGAGUUUGCUCUUUUCAUGGUCUCAUCUCUUUGUUUCUUCCUCUCUUACUGCAGCUCAUCCCUUUUAAGUUCAUCAAAACGAUCUGAAAAAAAGUAGUUUGUUUGCUUACAACAUCAACAGUGAUGUGGAAAAGCUGUGUUGUAACUGUCAAGCAUUUAAAGGGAAACAAUAAAUUGCUGACACCAC